AUGUCUGUUGAAGAAGUUACCAAGAAGUUUGAAGAGACUGUGAACGUUGAUGGAGGCGAGGCUGCUUCCUCUGGGCCCAAGACCGUUCUUUCUGGGGAGGCCGACUUUGAGGUGAAGCACCCGCUGAAUACCAAGUGGACUCUGUGGUACACAAAGCCCCCUGUGGACAAAUCCGAGUCCUGGUCCGACCUGCUGCGUCCAGUGACCACUUUUGACACCGUCGAAGAGUUCUGGGCCAUCUUUCAAAAUAUCCCAGAACCACACGAACUGCCAUUGAAGUCGGACUACCACGUCUUCAGAAACGAUAUCAGACCGGAAUGGGAAGACGAGGCCAAUUCGAAAGGUGGGAAGUGGUCCUUCCAGUUGAAGGGGAGAGGUGCAGACAUGGACGAGUUGUGGCUCCGGACUUUGCUAGCCGUGAUCGGCGAAACCAUAGACGAGGAGGAAUCAGAGAUCAACGGUGUUGUGCUGAGCGUCAGAAAAGGUGGUAACAAGUUUGCCCUAUGGACCAAGUCUGAAUCGAAGGAACCAUUGACCAAGAUCGGUGCCAAGUUCAAACAGGUUUUGAAAAUAGAAGAAGAAGGGUUCUUGGAAUUCUACCCUCAUUCGACUGCCAACGACAGACAUGCCCAUCCUUCGAUUAUUUUGUAA